CCCGCGGCCUAGGGAGGGAGCCCGGAAGCUGGUCGCGUUGUCGGGUUUCCGUGCGGCCCCGGCGGGGAGGGGGAUGUGCCGAGGGACCCGCGCCCUGGCCUCGCUCAGAGAGGGGAGCGAGGGCGGCCCUCCCACGCGGGGAAGCGCCGUCCACCGGUCCCAAGGGGAGUGGCGGGAUGGACGGGCCCCUCGGCCCCAGGGAGUCCGCGGAAUUCGUCGCGGGGAAGAGUCGGGAUGUGUCCAUUGACGGCGGAGGCGUGCGCAGUGUGGCCGAGCUGCUGCUUGCCAAGGCCUCGGGCCCCGAGCUGAGCCCGGGAGCCUGGAAGGCUCUUCACGAGCUGAAUCCGAGGGCGGCCGACGAGGCCGCGGUCAGCUGGGUGUUCGUGACGGACACGCUCAACUUCUCCUUCUGGUCGGAGCACGACGAGCACAAAUGUCUGGUGGGGUACAAGGGCAGGACGUACAGCGGGUACUGGUCCUUGUGCGCCGCGGUCAACAGAGCCCUGGACGAAGGGAUUCCUAUAACUAGUGCUUCCUACUAUGCCACCGCGACCCUGGACCAGGUGAAGCAUAUAUUCCGUUCUGACACGGACGUUCCCAUGCCUUUGAUAGAAGAGAGGCAUCGGAUUCUUAAUGAAACCGGGAAAAUUCUGCUUGAGAAGUUCCAAGGCUCUUUUCUUAACUGUGUCCGGAAAAGUGAAAAAAGUGCACAGAAGUUAAUGCACCUGGUAGUUGAAAGCUUUCCUUCCUACAGAGACGUGACUCAGUUUGAGGGGAAAAGAAUUUCUUUUUACAAACGGGCCCAAAUCCUCGUGGCAGAUACGUGGAGUGUGUUAGAGGGGAAAGGAGACGGCUGCUUUACAGACAUCUCCAGUAUCACCAUGUUUGCUGACUAUAGAUUACCUCAGGUUCUUGCUCACCUGGGAGCCCUGAAAUACUCCAAGGAACUACUAGAAAAGCUUCUUAGAGGAGAAAUGUUCUCGUAUGGGGAUAGGCAAGAAGUGGAAAUCAGAGGAUGCUCACUUUGGUGUGUUGAACUGAUCCGGGAUUGUCUUCUGGAGCUUAUUGAAGAAAAGGGUGAAAAAAACAGCAGAGAGAUCAAUUCCAUUCUUCUGGAUUAUUACCUGUGGGACUACGCCCGUGAUCACAGGGAAGACAUGAAGGGAAUUCCCUUUCAUCGCACACGCUGCAUAUAUUAUUGAUCCAAAGUGCAAACGGACUCAAAGAAAACUUGCCUUUUUGUGUCACAUAAUCAUUUGUACAGUUUUACCUUAAUAUUAAGAGAAAGUAGCAGAGGUUACAGCAACAAGAAGAUUGAUUACCCAGUCUCACUUAAAUUUUUCUGACCUAUUCACUCUGUAUUCCCAACUUUGUAUUUUUGUUGAGUUUUGAUCAUAUUUUCCCUGUCUAUGGGCACACAACAGGAAUAGUGAAGGAACUAUAAUGCUCUCUUUAAAUCUCACAUCUCUUAAAAUUAAUCAUGCCUUGGAACGCCUGGGUGGCUCAGUGGUUGAGCAUCUGCCUUUGGCUCAGGUCAGAUCCCGGAGUCCUGGAGUCCUGGGAUCAAGUCCUGCAUCAGGCUCCCUGCGGGGAAGCUGCUUCUCUUUCUGCCUAUGUCUCUGCCUCUCUGUGUGUGUGUCUCUCAUGAAUAAAUAAAUAAAAUCUUAAAAAAAAUUAAUCAUGCAUUAAAAUGUGAUUAGUCAUCAGUGAUUAUAUUUCACCCAUUCAAUUGUUUUUUUUUUUUCCUCAAAGUGUAGUAAUUUCUUAAUCAUUUGAUAUGGGGGGGAGGUUAGGGUCUUUGCUGUAUGAAUGCUGCUACUCCUGUACAAAUCAAUCUUGACAGCUUAUUUUAAAAUUUAUUGGUAUUGACAAUGAGUUUUGUACAUACUGAUUUUCAGUUUUGGAAAUCUCUAGUAUUUUUUUUUUUCAGUGUAACUAUAUCGAAAUUGAAUAAAGGUUUUGAAAUUUUUUCUUAAA